AAAAUAUUUGUUUUAAUAUAAUUUAUUUUCUUUCGAUCAUUUUUUCUUUUAAAAAAAAAAAAAAUUUGUUGCGAAUAUGGGGAAAGUUAAAGGACCACUUUUUAAUAAAAAUGUUGAUAAUAAAAUAAUGAUGCUUAAGAAAGAAUGGGAAAAUCAUCCUAACAAUUUUAAGAUGAUUAGUAAACAGAUUCCACAAUAUAAUGCGAAACAAAUCCGUCAACGUUGGAAAAAUCAUCUCGAUCCAAAUCUUUGUCACGAACCUCUUGAUGAAGCAGAAAAAUCAUUUAUCGUCCAAUGGGUUAAAGUUAACCAAACAACUCCAACUGCUACGAUACAUUGGAAAGAUUUAAUAUCCGCAAUGAAAGAUCGCUUCGGUAAACUGCGCUCAGAAAAUAAAAUCAAGAAUUUUUGGUACCUUAAACAAAGAAGUCUUAAAUUAGAAACUCGAAUAGAGCAAGAAAUGCAACAAGAAGUUGACAGUAAAUAUACAGUUGAUGAUGAUAAUAAUGAUAUUAUGUCUUUCCAAUCACCUUUUGAAAGCAUAAUAACAAAUAUGUUUUUUGAUUUUUGCUAAUUAAGGAUUAAGAAUUAAAAAUUAUACGUACUGUACAU